ACCUCUGCGGAGAGAUCCCGAGUGGAAGGGGGAGGGGGAAUAUUAGAUCUCUCUCGUCUGGAAGCCGAAGACGGAUACUGACUGGAAAAUUCAAAAACGUAAUACUGUGAACGGACACAAAUUAGUUAAAAAAAAAAAAAAACAAUACCAGUUUGAAAGUACCUUACUGUUCUACUUCAGCGAAACCCUAGAAUCAGUGUUUUGUUCGCACUCCGAUCGACAUGGACACCCGCUUCCCGUUCUCUCCAGCAGAGGUCGCUAAGGUCCGCGUGGUCCAGUUCGGCAUCCUCAGCCCUGAUGAGAUUAGACAAAUGUCUGUUGUGCAAAUUGAGCACAGCGAGACUACCGAGAGGGGAAAGCCAAAACCAGCCGGGUUGAGCGAUCCUCGUUUGGGGACUAUUGACAGGAAGUUGAAGUGCGAGACGUGUACUGCCAAUAUGGCGGAGUGUCCUGGACACUUCGGUCACCUAGAGCUCGCCAAGCCUAUGUUCCAUAUUGGGUUUAUGAAAACUGUACUCAGCAUCAUGAGAUGUGUUUGCUUCAAUUGCUCUAAAAUUCUAGCGGACGAGGAGGAUCACAAAUUUAAGCAGGCUUUGAAAAUAAAAAAUCCAAAAAAUAGGCUUAAAAAGAUUUUGGAUGCCUGCAAAAACAAAACCAAAUGUGAAGGCGGUGAUGAAAUCGAUGUUCAAGGUCAAGAUGCAGAAGAGCCAGUUAAGAAAAGUCGUGGUGGCUGUGGCGCUCAGCAGCCAAAGCUAACUAUUGAGGGUAUGAAGAUGAUUGCUGAGUAUAAGGCUCAAAGGAAGAAGAAUGAUGAUCAGGAACAACUCCCUGAACCUGUAGAAAGGAAGCAAACACUUACUGCAGAAAGGGUUCUCAGUGUUCUGAAGAGGAUAAGUGACGAGGAUUGCCAAUUAUUAGGCUUUAACCCUCAGUAUGCUCGUCCAGACUGGAUGAUUCUACAAGUCCUUCCUAUCCCUCCACCUCCCGUGAGACCCUCUGUGAUGAUGGACACAUCCUCUAGGAGUGAGGAUGACUUAACUCAUCAAUUAGCCAUGAUAAUUCGACAUAAUGAGAAUUUGAGGAGACAAGAAAGAAAUGGGGCGCCUGCACAUAUCAUAUCAGAGUUUGCACAGUUGUUGCAGUUCCACAUUGCCACAUAUUUUGACAAUGAGUUGCCUGGGCAGCCAAGGGCUACUCAGAGAUCUGGGAGACCUAUUAAAUCAAUAUGUAGCAGGCUUAAGGCAAAGGAAGGUAGGAUAAGAGGUAACUUGAUGGGAAAACGUGUGGAUUUUUCAGCACGGACAGUUAUUACCCCAGAUCCAACCAUCAAUAUUGAUGAACUUGGAGUUCCAUGGAGUAUUGCGUUGAAUCUCACAUAUCCUGAGACUGUGACACCAUACAACAUUGAAAGGUUGAAGGAGCUUGUGGAAUACGGUCCGCAUCCUCCACCUGGAAAGACUGGUGCCAAAUAUAUCAUAAGAGAUGAUGGACAAAGGCUCGAUCUUCGCUAUUUGAAGAAGAGUAGCGAUCAUCAUCUGGAGCUUGGUUACAAGGUGGAGCGACACUUGAAUGAUGGUGAUUUUGUUCUUUUCAACCGUCAACCAAGUCUACAUAAAAUGUCUAUCAUGGGGCAUAAGAUCAAGAUUAUGCCUUAUUCCACUUUCCGCUUGAAUUUAUCAGUUACGUCCCCAUACAAUGCUGACUUUGAUGGUGAUGAAAUGAAUAUGCAUGUUCCACAAUCAUUUGGGACCAGAGCAGAAGUUUUGGAGUUAAUGAUGGUGCCGAAAUGUAUUGUCUCACCCCAAUCGAAUCGACCUGUCAUGGGAAUUGUCCAAGAUACCCUUCUAGGAUGCCGUAAAAUCACCAAGAGGGACACCUUUAUUGAGAAGGAUGUUUUUAUGAACAUCUUGAUGUGGUGGGAAGAUUUUGAUGGAAAAAUUCCUGCUCCUGCAAUUUUGAAGCCGCGUCCUCUUUGGACAGGGAAGCAGGUUUUCAAUCUUAUCAUACCGAAGCAGAUAAAUCUAAUAAGAUAUUCCGCUUGGCACUCGGAUCAGGAGACAGGAUUCAUAACUCCAGGGGAUACUCAAGUUCGAAUUGAGAAAGGAGAGCUACUAUCUGGAACGCUUUGCAAGAAGACUCUUGGGACAUCAACUGGGAGUCUCAUACAUGUCAUUUGGGAAGAGGUUGGUCCUGAUGCUGCCCGCAAAUUCUUGGGUCAUACACAGUGGCUUGUCAAUUACUGGCUUUUGCAGAAUGCUUUUAGUAUUGGAAUUGGUGAUACAAUUGCAGAUUCAUCUACAAUGGAAAAGAUCAAUGAAACUAUUUCUAAAGCAAAGAAUGAUGUGAAAGAGCUCAUCAGGAAAGCACAAGAAAAGAAGUUAGAGGCUGAACCUGGACGAACCAUGAUGGAUUCGUUUGAGAAUAAAGUGAAUCAGGUUUUGAAUAGAGCUCGUGAUGAUGCUGGAAGUAGUGCUCAGAAGAGUUUAGCAGAAAGUAACAAUCUUAAAGCUAUGGUUACUGCGGGGUCCAAGGGAAGUUUCAUCAACAUAUCUCAGAUGACAGCUUGUGUGGGCCAGCAGAAUGUUGAGGGAAAGCGAAUCCCAUUUGGGUUUAUAGAUCGGACAUUGCCACAUUUCACAAAAGAUGAUUAUGGUCCUGAGAGUCGUGGGUUUGUGGAAAACUCAUACCUGCGUGGUUUGACCCCACAGGAGUUCUUUUUCCACGCCAUGGGUGGUAGAGAAGGUCUUAUAGAUACAGCAGUUAAGACUUCUGAAACUGGAUAUAUCCAGAGGCGUUUAGUGAAGGCCAUGGAAGAUAUUAUGGUCAAGUAUGAUGGAACAGUUAGAAACUCAUUGGGUGAUGUGAUUCAGUUUCUCUAUGGAGAAGAUGGUAUGGAUGCUGUAUGGAUAGAAUCGCAGAAGCUGGAUUCAUUGAAGAUGAAGAAAUCAGAAUUUGAUCGAGUUUUCAAAUACGAGAUCGAUGAGGAGAAUUGGAACCCAACUUACAUGUUACCAGAGCAUGUUGAAGAUUUGAGAACAAUCCGAGAAUUGCGGGAUGUUUUUGAUGCUGAAUAUCAGAAACUUGAAGCUGAUAGAUUCCAGCUAGGAACAGAGAUUGCAACCAAUGGUGAUAAUACUUGGCCGUUGCCAGUUAAUCUCAAGAGAAAUGCAAUUGAACUUCAGCUUCCUAGUUAUAUGGAUGGUUUAGAUUUUGGCACCACUCCUGGCCGAUCUCCUGUGUCAGGAACUCCUUACCAUGACGGCAUGAUGUCACCUAGUUACUUAUUGAGUCCGAGUUUGCGUCUCUCACCUAUUACAGAUGCUCAGUUUUCUCCUUAUGUUGGUGGGAUGGCAUUUUCUCCUACUUCAUCUCCAGGCUACAGUCCUUCAUCUCCAGGAUAUAGUCCAUCAUCGCCUGGAUAUAGUCCUACAUCACCGGGAUACAGUCCUACAUCGCCUGGAUAUAGUCCUACCUCACCUGGAUAUAGCCCUACUUCACCAACUUACAGCCCUAGUUCUCCUGGCUAUAGUCCUACGAGUCCUGCAUAUUCUCCUACAAGUCCAUCCUAUUCACCCACGUCGCCUAGCUACAGCCCCACUUCUCCGAGCUACAGUCCCACCUCCCCAAGCUACAGCCCCACCUCUCCUAGUUACAGCCCCACCUCUCCAAGCUAUAGCCCGACUUCCCCAAGCUAUAGUCCAACUUCGCCAGUUUAUAGCGCUUAUAGCCCCACUUCACCGGCCUAUAGCCCCACCUCACCAUCUUACAGCCCUACAUCCCCUUCUUACAGCCCAACUUCCCCUUCAUACAGCCCAACAUCACCAUCCUACAGCCCAACAUCUCCAUCAUACAGCCCUACCUCCCCAGCGUAUAGCCCAACAUCCCCUGGCUAUAGCCCAACCUCACCAAGCUACAGCCCGACAUCACCAAGCUACGGUCCUACUUCUCCAAGUUACAAUCCACAGUCAGCCAAAUACAGUCCUUCACUUGCAUACUCACCUAGUAGUCCAAGGUUGUCACCUUCUAGUCCAUAUAGUCCUACAUCACCAAAUUACAGCCCAACAUCACCAUCAUACUCACCUACUUCUCCGUCUUACUCACCUUCAAGCCCAACAUACAGUCCUAGCAGCCCAUAUAAUUCUGGAGCAAGUCCGGAUUACAGCCCAAGUUCCCCACCGUACAGUCCAAGUGCUGGGUACUCACCAAGUGCCCCUGGUUACUCACCAUCGUCUACGAGUCAGUACACUCCACAGACGACGAAUAAAGAUGAUAAGAAUACAAAGGAGAAUAGGAGCAGUAAGGAUGAUAGGAAUAAUCGCUAGAGAAACAUGGCAUGAAUGUGAGAGGAUAUGUGAAAGAAAAGACGUGAAGGAGAUGAAGCCAAAAAGAUGACCAGAAGGUCGGGAUGUCAGGGAGUCUCCUCCACCCCCUCCCCGGGCCUCCAUUUUAAGUUUAAUGUUACUGUUAUUGUUUAAUACGGAGGAGGUUGUUAAAAUAGAUGAGACAUCCACGUGGAUUGAAGUUUGCUUUCUGGACGCAAAUAGUCGUUUUACUUGAUUGGACGUAUACAUAUUUGUAACAAUUGAUAUAUCCAGAAAAUUUCAAAUGGCUGGCCUUCGUGGGAUUGUAACUAACCAAGGACUGACGGUUUAAAUGUUUUAAUAUUUAACCUACAAA